AUGGGAAAACUUUAUAAUGUAGGUUGUUAUACUCAUGCAGCUCGUUUGGUCACCACGGCACGUAUACAAGGAGGACAAGUUAUGGCUUCUCAGGAAAAUACAGAAAGUCAAGGAAAAGGAAUAACUUCUUUCUUUAAGACUGCGUUAGAAUAUGAGGAUUAUAAAAGUGAGUCGGUCAGAAGUUCUUCUGAACUCAAUAAACUAUGUGUUACGGACUUAGUGUCUACAUCUGAUCCCAGAAAAAAUACCCCGAGGAAAUCAGAUUUAUCGGAACAAAAACCCCAAAAGAUGCUUAAUAGAAUGACAGCACACAUCCGUGUACAAUCGCCAAUUUUAGCAAGUGUUGUGAAAUCCGACUGUAAACCUGCUCAGGAACAAACGAAGGUUUCCCCACCAACAGCUAAAAUGUUGUCACUAUUCCGUCGAGACAAAACAACUACUUCAGAAGAAGGCGACAGCAAAGAAGGUGGAAACAUGAUGCAGCUAAUCAAACUCAGAAAUAUCGCCCGCAAUGUCAAGAGUAUACAGCACAAUCGACAAAAACGCCUGGAGGAUACUGGAAAUGUGACACUGUACGACAAAUUUAGAAAAUUUGACCAUAAAGAAGCGGAGGAAAGUAUAAAGCAUGUUCUAGAAGAAGCGCUAGAACAUGUAGUUUAUGAACCAAAACGAUGUAAAGCUCUUUCACUUCAACUCAGUGAUAAGAUCAAAAACAAUAUAAAACGGCUCAAAUUCCCCAGAUACAAAAUUGUAUCAUUCGUAACUAUUGGACAAAAGGGAUGCCAAGAUGUUGUCAUAGCCAGCAGGUGUAUAUGGAACACAGAUGAUGAUAACUAUGCUAGUGUACGAUUUGAGAACAAGACACUCUUUGCUAAUGCUAUUGUGUUUGCCCUGCUUCAUGAAUAA